AUGAAUCCAGUUUGGUUUCUUCUUCUGCUCGCACUCCUCCUGAGAGCUCAGGUAACCCCAGAUUUACCAGCAGGAGUCACAGUGGAGGCAGCCAACAGCACUGAUCCAGUAGUGAAUAACUCAAAGACUUCUGAUCUUUUUACCAACACCUCUGGCCCCACAGAGCUAUCUGAGUUUACAGAGACACCUUCAGAAGCUCCCACAGACCCGGAGGAUGACUGGUCACUAGCAGAGACCUAUUUGUACACUGGAGACCCAUUUACCCUGAAAAAAGCUCGCUGUUCACGGGCAUACAGCACCGCUGGGCAGACCGGACCUCUGCCCAGAAACUUCUAUGUCCCUCUCCAGCCAGCUCUGGAUGCGCUGGCUAGUACUGCCAACUUCCUCAACAUGAUCUUCCAGGCCAAUGACCUGCGGGAGAGCACGGUGCAGGAAGACAUGGAGUGGUACCACGCCCUGGUCCGGGCCCUUCUCGAGGCUGAUGUGCUCAUUCAGCAGGCCCUGCUGACCUUCGAUGCUGACCCAACUGCAGAGGUGCCACAACUGGUACUGCGUGCCACCCGUAACCCAGCUGCAAAGGUGCAGACUAUCAUCCUCCAGGAUUUGUCCAAGGCUUGGGAGAGCCUCCAUCCUCCAGCGCCAGCCCCUGACGAUGGCUGGUUCAGCAGGCUGAAAUUCCCAGAGUCCAACCAGGUGAUGGCAGCCCUGUCCAAACGGGUGCUCCUCAAUGACCUUAACACUUUAGAUACCCCCAAGUGGGGAUUGGGUGACAGCUAUGUGACUAAUCGCAGUGGGGUACGCUGGGCCAGUGCCCCCUUUCUGGACUGUAAAGAUGGACGCCUUGUGCCCAAUUGGGUGCUCACCCUGUCCACUUCCUUCUAUGGCCUAAAGCCUGACCUCACACCUGAGUUCAGAGGUGUGAUACGUGUGGAUGUCAACAUUCAGGACAUUGACUUGGACCAGUGUGCGACAGGAAACAGCUGGUUUGCUGAUACUCACCAGUGCAAUCGCACCACCAUGGAGUGCUUGCCAGUUCCAGGCCGGGGCUUUCGUCUGGGCCAGUACUGCUGCCGCUGUAAAGAGGGAUUCUACAACCCCGAGAUUUACCCCGAGAACUCAGGUGUUGGUGCAGAUGGAGGCCCUGUGAACAGCACUGACAACAGUGGUAUGUGUUACCUGAACAUGCCCAUCUGCCUACCAUGCUGGCCGGGUUGUAAGAGCUGCCAGGACGGCACCCCCUGCUGGGUGCAGGAGGAUGGGCCUCUCAGGGCCGUUGUGCUGGCUUUCCAGGGGGUCUUUAUGCUCCUCAUCUUUGUCAGCAUGCUGGUCGCCUACAGGCAGCGUCGGAAUCGGAGGAUCCGGGCCUCUGGGCUCCUGCUGCUGGAGACGAUCCUGUUCGGUUCCCUGCUCCUCUACUUCCCGGUGUUCAUCCUGUCCUUCAAGCCGAGCACCUUCAGGUGUAUUCUGCUCCGCUGGGUCCGUAUGCUCGGUUUCUCCAUUGUAUACGGCACAAUCACACUGAAGAUGUACAGGGUACUGAAGCUGUUCCUCUCACGCACAGCCCAGCGAAUGCCCUACAUAUCCAGCUUCCACCUGCUAAGGAUUCUGGGAGUGAUGCUGAUGACGGUCAGCUGGUUCCUGUGUGCAUGGACAGUGGGCAUCCUGCAGAACCGCGACAGGAAUAUACCAGUAUUCAUCACAACCACCACGUCAGAUGGACAGGGUUUCAACCUGUGUUACCUGGACCGCUGGGACUACAUGAUGGCUGUGGCUGAGCUUCUGUUCCUGUGCUGGGGUAGCUCCCUGUGGACCGCUGUCAGGCCGGUCCCCUCAGCCUUCCAUGAACCUCGCUACAUGGGCAUUGCCAUCCACAACGAGCUGCUUCUGUCCUCUAUGUUCCACUUGUUUCGGUUCACCUUUCCAUCUCUCCAUCCUGACUGGAUGUUGCUGCUCUCCUUCACACACACCCAUGUCACCAUCACGGUGACACUAGCACUGCUCUUCGUUCCAAAGUUCCUCCUUGUGUCUAAGCCUGGGAGAGAGGAAAUAGCAGCAGAGGUGUAUGAGGAUGAAGUGGAUCUGCAACGCUCUGGCUCGUACCUCCACAGCAGCUUUCGCUCUGUUUGGAGUGAGCACAAUGUGGACCCGGAAGACUUUCGGGAUGAGCUGAAGAAGUUAUAUGCCCAGUUAGAAGUUAACAAGACGAAGAAGAUGACUGCAAACAACCCUCAUCUGUCAAAGAAGCGUGGCUCUCGAUGCACACUGGGAAGGUCUAUUAUUAAACGCAUUGCAGAGAUCCCAGUAACUGUGAGCAGACAGUGCAGUCGUGAAGAGAGAGAUGGAUCUUUUCGUAGUAGAGGUGGGAAUCAUUCUGACUCUUUCAGGAGAUCCCCAGACAGUGCUAGUAUUAGUUACAGAAGUUCAAUAAAAUCACCAUCACCAUCUAUCCGCAAGUCCCAAAGUGAUCAUUACCACGUCAGAGAAAAAGACUAUUUAUUGCGUGACUCUUCAUUACGAGCCAAUUCUGUGAAGAGAUGCUCCCAGCGAUCUGAGACAGAUUCAUUAGAUAUUCCACCAGGUGUCUGUAAGUCAGUCAGUGCCCAGAAUCUGACAAUUGAUACCAACCUUCUGCAUCCUGAUCACACCAGGCUUCAUAAAUCUUGGAGUCUAAGCUCUUCUACCACACAUUCUAUAGAGAAUAUACCAAAGAUCUCCAGAUCCAGCACAAUGCGGUCAAGGCAGAGCCUUUCCAUAAGUGACCAGACUAGGAGUGCUCUCCUGUUCGAAUCCUUUGACAAGGCUGAGGUCUGCCCUUGGGAGGUGGAACCAGAACAAUCAGAUGAAAGGAACCAGAGGCAUGUCACAUAUGCAAACUCUGAGGUAGGUGUGGAAAAUAGACCACCAUCCCCACAGGCACUUGUUUGUCCUUGGGACCACUUGCCACCUGUGGAGAAGACUCCUUCAGUUGAAAAAGAAACAAAAACUGACAACAUUCCUCCCAAAGCACCAGUCACUGUGUCCGCUAGUGCACCAGGCUCCCCAAGACCAAUGCCAACAAAAGAUCAACGGGUCUUCUCCUUCCGCAACACCACAAAUAAGUGGCUUUCUGUGAAAUCAUUUAUGGGGUCAAUGGAUGUAAGUAGCAGGUCCAGUAAAGAUGGAAACUUAAAUAGAGAGGAUUCUCAAAAAAGCCAGGAAAGUAACUCCACAACACCAAGGUCUGGAUCAUCUAGUAGACGUCCAAGCAUAGAAAUAAGGCCAUUACAGAAAAUGGGUACAACAACCGAUGGAAAACCUAGCCUUGUGAAGCAAAAUGCAGUAAGACUGUCUUCUGGGGAUUCCUCUGACAGAAGCCCACGAAAGUUCAUCAUUAUGAAAUCUGCAGUCUACCCUGGAGAUGCAGAUGAUAUACAGCGGGAUGGCAACUAUGAAAAUGUAUUUUUAUCAAGGCAGAGCAGCAAGCGAAGUAGUAUAAGUUCCAUCAGCUCAAGGACUCCUUCAACUCGCAGAAGAGGUAGCAAUCGAAUCAGACCAGCCAGCAGCAUUUCUCACACAGAUGUAUGUCCAUGGGAUGGAUCUGGUUCUACCCAACAAGGAGAAAGAACAAAGAAGCAACAGACCUUGAAGGCAGCUGUCUGCCCCCAGGAUUCACUAGCAUCAGAAAGAUCUAAUGUAUGUCCAUGGGAAUCACAGGAGCAAGGGAAUGCUGGGAGACAAGACAAGGGUCGGAGUGACGUGUGUCCCUGGGAAUCACACAAUAUUCCUGCUCUGUCUAAAGAUUCGCGGACUCAACAGUCUUUGAAACGCGCAGUAGAUGUAUGUCCAUGGGAGACAGUAGAAACUCCCAAAAUCUCAAUAAGACAAGACAGUGUACUUGCUAAUGUUUGUCCUUGGGAUGUUGAGGGCAAGCCUGAAGUUGUAUAUGAGAACCUAAAUCCUUUGGAGAACAAGGGAAAGCUAACUGUGCCCCAUCAACGAGAAGCCAUGAAGUCUGCCAUCUAUCCAGGUGCAUCCAAAGAUGUUAUAAGUAAUAACCAACUGCAUAAUACAAUAUUACCUGCCCUGAAUCGAGGUGAGCAAGUGUCCAAGACAGUUGAAAGCUGUCCAUGGGAAUUCCCAGACCCACCUAAAAUCAUGGAUAUUUGCCCUUGGGAAGGGGGCAGCAAAGAUCCUACAAAUACAGACUCAAAUUCACAAAUAACAAUCAAGGUAGAUGUUUGUCCUUGGGAAACAGGAAACCAAGGCAAUCCAGGUGACUCAGAACAAGGUUUGUCACCUAAAAAUGUUGCUUCCUUAAACACUGGGGGGGCAGAAAGCACUAGAGUAAAUGUUUGUCCUUGGGAAACCAAGACCCCAGAAAAAACUGCAGCCACUAAAACACCACAGGAGCCGGACAGGCCAUCAGAUGUUUGUCCUUGGGAGACUGAUACAGAAUCAGGAAAGCCUCCACAAAGUCCUGCAAGACAGGAUGGAGGUCGGACAAAUGUUUGUCCAUGGGAAACAGAAGAGGCAACUAUAGUUAAAUCAGAAAGUGCUCAAAUAGAUGUUUGUCCAUGGAACACAGAAGAAUCCAAAGUUGUCAAAAAGCAAGACAGCAUUCAGAUAAAUGUCUGUCCAUGGGAGACUGAAGAACCAAAAACUCUCAAAAAGCAAGACAGUACCCGAGCAGAUGUUUGCCCAUGGGAUACAGAAGAACCAAAAAUUCCCCCAAAGGACAGUACAUUAGCAAGCGUUUGUCCAUGGGAGACAGAAGAACCCAAAACUCUCCAAAAGAAGGACAGUACAUUGGCAAGCGUUUGUCCAUGGGAGACAGAAGAACCAAGAACUCUCAAAAAACAAGACAGCACCCAAGCAGAUGUUUGUCCAUGGGAUUCAGAGGAACCAAAAUCUUUCAAAAAACAAGACAACGCUCGGGCCGAUGUUUGUCCAUGGGAGACCAGAGACACUAAUGUUGAACAAAAGAAUGAUGGCAUUAAAGAAGAUGCUUGUCCAUGGGAGACAGGACACACUAGUGUAGCAGAAAAACAAGAAACCAUUAGAGAGGACAUUUAUGGUGUCCCAGACAAUCAGAUGGUACUCAGUCCAGAUGUGACUCCAGGAGACAUGAGCACAGAACAGACCGAUGACUCUAAAGCAAGCUUAGCUUUGGGUCGGCGUGAUGCUUUGUGUCCGUGGGAUCUAGUAAGGAGCCUUUCAGGCUCAUUCACAGACAAUACCUCCGACGUCUUCACUUGGGAACCUGAAAACAUUCCAGAGGAAGAUGAGGAAGACGAUGCCGAAUGUGCUGCUGAGGCUCUUAUAUUCCCACCGGAUUUGUAACUUUUAAUCUGUGCUUUUAGGAAAAUGUGAACUCUAUAAAACCUUCCUGGUGAUACCCUGAUGACAGUCUUAGGGAAGUGUUUUUAAACUUCCUGAACUACACAUGUAUGCAGGAUUCCGAACAGAACAGUUUCCCUGCUCACAGAAAAGGACAAAAAUAUGGACAAUAAGGAAAGAUAAAACCCUAAAAGAUGUCCUAUCAAUUACGGCUAUCCAGUUAGGCCACAGACUUGUCAGACAAUGAAAUGAGUCCUAGAGAUUUGAUGAACUGGAAACUGAUGGUUGUAAAACCAAGUUUAUUUGUAUUGAAACACAUUUAAUAUAUUUAUUACAUCCCUCAAUGACCCAGCAAAGAAGUUAAAUGUUGAAUGAUGGAAGGGCAUCUAAGGCUAUUAGAUGGAGACCCAUUUAUUCCUGCUUUUACCCCCCAUUUUACAACUGGAAUCUAUUUUGUGUCUUUGUACGUUUUUUAAGUAAUGAAUCUUGCUUGUAAGUUUUACCCACGGCUGAGGGGGAUCCCCCCCCCCCAAAAAAAAAUCAGAAAAAAAAAAAAUCAAAAACAGAAAAAGCAACACAAGGACUGGAAUCCUGAACAUCUUGCAUCAGAUCCAUUCACUUUCAAAAGGUUUUCUGAUAAUUAUACUGUUCUGUCACAGUGGAAAGAGGCACAAUGGGUGAUGUGUUACUUUCCCAAAUGAUUAAAUUAUUCAUACUUAUAUGUGAAUCCCUAUGUAGAGUUUAGAAAGCUCCUAAGACCUUAAGUUUUCUGAAAAGCCUAUCAGACCCCAUUAUUUCUCAGCUUCUGAUGCAGACAGCAACAUGGGAUCAAAACCAUUUGAGAGCUUCAAGUCCUGGCUAUCUCUGUAAACAAGUAUUCACAAAAUGAAAAAUAUCAAUAAUAUGGUGAUGUGUCCCACAUUGAAUCAGACUUGAACGGAAGGAGCAUCUGGUCUUAUAUUGAAAAUGAGAUUCCUUAACCAAACUAAA